AUGAUUUCAACGCCUACGCAAUCAUCAUUGUCUCCUAAACUUAAUCAAAUAGAAACUUCUAUUAGUUCUCAAAACAAUAGAAGUAUUGAAAGUUUAUCUCGAUCUGAUUUAAAUACUGAAUAUACAUGCCAAGACAAAAUCAAAUCAGGAAUGGAAUGGAUAUUAGAGCCAUUUCAAGAAUGUUGUUCAUCCAAUACAAAAAUUUAUCAAAUAUCAAACUAUCGAGUUGAUUCGGAAUGUUUAAAAUCUGAAGUUAAUCGAGUUAAUGGUCUAUUGAAAUAUUUUACUUUCGGUGUUAUGUUUACCAAUGGCUUAUUAGGCUUUAUUUUAUUUUUUAUUGGCCUAUGGAGUUCAUUUGAACAUCGUAAAAUUAAUCAGAUGCCAACAUUAAAUACAAAAGAAACAACAUCAUUAAAUCCAUUUAAUUUAAUUGGCAUUACUCUUUGCAUAUUUGGUCUAUUAUUUUUCAUUUUAUGUGUAAUAAGCUGUUUAGGUAUUAAUCGUGAAAAUCUAAAUCUUCUUCGUAUUUCACUUAUGGGUCAAUUUUUAACAUUAAUUAGUUUUGUUAUAUUUUCCAUUAUGAUAUUGGUAUGGGGCGGAAAAAUUCGGUAUACAAUAGCUAAAGCAAUGAUGAUUGGAUUGAAACAGUAUUAUCAUAUAGAUAAAACAUGGACAAUAUUUUUUGAUAAACUUCAUUUAAAUUAUUUUUGUUGUGGUGUUUAUUCAUUUAACGAUUGGAAUGACAAUCCAAAUUAUGCAUGUGAAUCUUCGAAUAUUGUUCAAAGUUUUGAUGCUUGUUCGGUGCCUUUUACAUGUUGUAAAACAGAACAAAAGUAUAAUGACAAAAGUGAUCGUAUAAAAUCUCUUGCUUAUACUUGUGGAAUAAAUGCUCUACCAUCAAACAAUAUAACAAUCAAUAUGAAUGAAAUACAAGAACGUAUCAAUAUUAAUGGAUGUUUUGAUGAGAUUUUACCUAUCAUUCAACAAUUAAUUAUUACAGCUGGUAUAUUUAUGAUUUUGAUCUGUGUGAUUAUAUGUGUUACCGUGUUCCUCACAUGUUUAUUAACAUUUGAGAUUCGUCUAACUUUAUCGAAUGUGAAGCAACAUUGUCAAAAGAGAAAGCAUAGCAAUGAAGAGAAUCAUUCUGAAAAAGAAGAACAAUUAUUUUAA